UCGUCGGAAAGGUUCUCAGGGCGGCGCACUCGAAAGCAUGUUGGGGCUCAAGGCGACAAUGUCGGUCAUCGACAACUCAGGCGCACUCGUCGCAGAGUGCGUCAAUGUGCUCCGGACCCCCUCGUCGCGAGGGUUAGCGAGAAUAGGUGACGAAAUUGUCGUCGUGGUGAAAAAGGCACGGCCGAUCGCGCACGGUACCCAGGCAGGCCCGGCGUCUGCGGCACCAAAGGUGCGCAAGGGCGACGUGCGGCGCGCCGUCGUCGUGCGCACGUCCAAGGAGACGACACGAAAGCUCGGAGAUGGGCGCACGGUGCGCUUCGACGACAAUGCGUGCGUGCUCCUGAACCAGCGCAAGGAGCCCCUCGGCACGAGAAUCACGGGCGUCGUCGGCGCCGAGCUCAGGCAGAAGGGCUGGAGCAAGAUCCUGGCGCUCGCAGGCAAGGUUGUAUAAUUGAGCAUCUAGGGCUUCGAAUGGGCAUUCCGUUGCACAUGGCAUGGUUGCGAGAGUGCAAUCUACCCCACAGGUGGCUGGAAUGCGCUUAGUAAGUGAGACAGCAGGCAGGGCAAUUUGUGGUUUCGAAAGAGGGUCGAGCCAUCUUUGGCAGCCUAGCAGCAACAAACGUGGCUCAUCGCCGUUCAGGCAAGCAGGAAGGAGAGGGAAUGGGGGACCACACAAUCAGACAAAGAGGAGAGGGAAGGGAAGAGAGACCACAUGAACAGACAAGAAGACAGAAUUGAUGAAGGCAUGAUAUUCUUGAUUAGCUACGUGCAUGCGAUUGU